CAAAAAAUCUAAAUGGUCAACCCCCUACAAAAUUAUGAUGAGGAGAUUGCCAAAUGUUGUCCCCAUUGUGCCUAUAAAGAUUGGAACCAACGGAAUGUUGAGAAAAAAGCUACAGCCUGUGAUGUUACAGCCAUUUAACAUUGAAGUCAAUGGGCAAAUAAUUGCUAGUCUGAGUCCACCUGUUUACAAAUUACCUCCCUUCGUCAAAUCAACGAAUGCGUCAUCGAAAGCGACAUCUGGUGGUUGAAAAUGUUGAACAACAACUGCGACAAAUAUGGAAAAGUAAUGAUGUUUAAAGAACAAAAUGAAACUCUGUUAUGUGAAAGGACAAUGACCUAAGAUAUAUAUUUCUUAAGACAAAAUGACACUAAGUAAUACGGCAAAUCGAUUUGCCGAUUAUUUCGUGGUUUGUGGGUUGGAUGUGUCGUCUGGAUUAGAACCCGACCGACUGGCAGGUGAAAGCCAUCAUUGUGAACCACUUUCUAGACCCUACAAAUCUAAAGUAUUAGCUCAUUUUCCCGAAACUGUAUCAUGGAAUCCCUUCGAUCAAGAGGCUGUAGGAAUGCUGUGCUUACCCAAAGGUCUCCAGUUUCGGACGCAAAGAGAUUCUCGGAAUCCAAAGUUUCAUUCUUUUAUAAUUACAAAAGAAGAUGGCUCCCGAAUAUGUGGAGCCGCUUAUGUAUUUUAUGAAGAGGUUACCAAUAAACAGAUUUGUGCUGCCAUGCAGACUUUACAUGCAAUGCAUCAAGCAGAACAUAGCCCUACUCUUAAACCAGGAUUUCCUCAGAUCUACACACCGGAUAGUCCCAUAUUGAUGAAGAAAAUACCAACAUCACAUGAAAAAUCAAGGGUUUUUGAUAAGAAUAAGGACAAGUUAUAUGUGACAAAAUGUAUCUGUUUAAUUCUGCAAAUGCCCUUUGUGAAAGCUUGUAAACAGUUUUUAAAACAACUGCAUGAGGCUGUAAACAAGCCGUCUAAAGCUUGUUUACCAUUUGAGAGUUAUAUAUAUAAUGUAUUAUAUGAGGUACCAUUACCACCACCAGGAAGAAGUUUAAAGUUUUAUGGUGUUAUCUCUCCAAUAUUUUGUCAACGACCAAGUAUGGGGGAAUUACCUCUCUUUGAUUUUUCAUUGUGGGAGUUAUUUAAGUUAUUAGGUGUUGAUAAUCUGUUGUCAUUGUUUGUUAGUGUACUUAUGGAACAUCAAGUACUGCUUUAUUCCUCAGAUUACCAGAAAUUAAUGUUGAUAGCAGAGGGUAUAAAUUGUUUAAUAUUCCCGUUUGCUUGGCAACAUGUGUAUGUACCAAUAUUGCCAGCCUCUCUACAACAUUUUCUUGAUGCUCCUGUACCUUUUAUAAUGGGACUUCAUCGGUGUAAUGAUGAUAGACCUGAACUACCCAGUGAGGCAAAUAUGUGUUUUGUUGAUGUAGAUAAUAAUUCUGUAGAAUAUCCUGAAGAUUUGCCAGGAUUUCCACAUCAGUUAGAACUCAAAGAAGAACUCUUGCAAAUGUUAAAUCAAUAUCAAGAGCUGUUUUCUCAUAACAUUAAUAUUAACAUUACAAGUAAAAUUAAAAGUAAUAGUAUUCCUAAUUCACCACUAAAAGGACCUGCCAAUAAAAACAUCACAACCACAGACAAUAGUGGCACUGGCAGCUACCCUAACUCUCCUAAGCGAAUGGAAAUAUUGCAACAAAGUGAAACUUGGAAGAAGAUAUCUUCAUUAGCCAAGAAGACAGGUGUAUGGGAAUCUAUUGAAGAUUUUGCGGGUGAAGAAAGAAAUGUCGAAAAAGAAAAGUCUUUAUUGGAAGAAAAAACAAAAGAAACUUGUAAGGAUUCCGACGAUAGAAUGCCUGUCUCAGAAGUCAACGAUCUCAAAUUCAACAGUGCCAUCCGUGAAAUAUUUAUGAACCGUUUUGUGCAUAUGUUUAACAGCUAUGAAUCAUUUGUUAUUCAGCCAUCCCAGGAUCUUGAAUCCUGGAUCAGUAAUCGUGACACCAUGCAGAACUUUGAUAAAGCUUCCUUUCUCAGUGAUCAGCCAGAAGGUCACUUGCCUUUCUUGUCUCCAUUUAUAGAAACUCAGAUGUUUGCUACAUUAGUUGAUAAUAAAAUUGUCUCACAGUGGGAGGAAGCGGAUCCAUACUUGAAUGUUUUUGAGGCGCGGAUCAGAAAUUUGAGUGAUACCUCUGGGGAGCCUAGAACACCAACUUACAGUUCUUGUACAACAAUUACUGAUACAGAAGUAUUCCCUGAGAAAAGAGCAACAUUUAUAGAUCACACAGCAACUAAACCUCAGCCUUUACCAACAGAAUUAUAUCAACAAACUGAUAUUACACCGGGUUUCUUUCCUUCUUUAAAUAAAGAAAUAUUAAAUACAGAGAUUAUUGCUAAUAAGUCUAAAACAAGGGAAAAUGCUAAGUGGCGACGAAAGGAUCGUGUACUUCAGCAUGCAGAACAUCUUCAACUCAAUUCUGAUCAAAGAGAGUUUGUUUUAGUAGAGAAACAUGCCAAACAGUGGCUUCGAUAUAUUCAGGAGGCUAGAUCUAAGAAUCGACAGCCUAAAUUAUCAGAGAUGUCAGCAGCCGGUAUGGUACAGACAAACUGGAAAUUUGUAGAAACUUUAUUAAAGGAAUGUAAGACUAAGACAAAGAAAAUGUUAGUUGUUAAGAUGGGACGUGAAGCUGUAGAAUUAGGACAUGGUGAAUUAAGUAUUACUGGUGUAGAAGAAAAUACACUUAUAGCUAGUCUCUGUGACCUUCUAGAGAGAAUAUGGAGUCAUGGUCUUCAAACUAAAAAGGGUAAAUCAGCUUUAUGGUCACAUUUACUGAGUUAUCAGGAGAUUGAUGAAUGUACAGAAUCUGGUCGAACUAUUGACCCCAGUAAACUAACGCCAGGGUUAGUCAAGCGGCAUAGCCUGCUAGAUAUGGGCUCAUUGUUGGAGGGGUCCAUUACAAUAUUAGGGAGAUCAUUUUCCCUGACUAAUUUAUCAAAUGUUGGUUUGGAUGAUAGACCUACUGCUGCAGCACCAGUAAAAACACAUCGACGUAGAAGUAGUCAAGGUCGUAUAGAACUACCAGCAUUACAGAUCAUGCCAUCGUCUGUUAUACAUGAUAUGAGGAAGGUACAGAAAAUGAGUGAUAUAAGAACUGAUGUUGGUUAUGCAAGAGCCUGGGUUAGAUUAGCUUUAGAGAAAAAAGUUUUAUCAUCACAUCUUAAAGAAUUAUUAUCAGAUACAGAUUUACUACGGAGUUUAUACAAGAGAUAUGCUUUCUUGAGAUGUGAAGAUGAAAGGGAACAGUUUUUAUAUCAUCUUUUAUCAUUAAAUGCUGUAGAUUUCUUCUGCUUUACCAAUACAUUUAUGAACACAAUGGUAGCAUAUAAAGUAUUAAUAUUUCCUAGUACUAAAUUUGGUUGUGCUACAACUACAGCUAAUCCAUGGAUCUGUGUGGCUGGUCAACUCGGGGAAACAGGUGUAGUAGAAGUACCUAGAGGUUGUUUAGAGUUUAAUGUAGAGCACAAAAAUUUGGGUAUAUUAACUACAUUACGUAUUGGUCACGAUAACAGUGGUAUGUCUUCUAAAUGGUUGGUAGAAUAUGUUUUGGUUAGAAAUGAAGUUACUGGUCAUACAUACAGGUUUACAUGUGGUAGAUGGUUAGGUAAAGGUGUAGAUGAUGGUAGUAUAGAAAGAUUACUAGUAGCAGAAUUACUGCCUCAUACCAAAGAAUCAGAAGCUGAAUCAAGUGGUCAUCAUACACCACCCAGGAAUAGAUCUCCUACUAUGCCUAGACGAAAUCAAGAACAAGGUCCUGUGAGUAUUCCUACUAUACAAGAGAUGUUAGGACAUUCAGUUAAUAAUCUAGUCAAACAUUUUUAUAAACCAGAGAAAGAGCGUGGUAACCUGACUUUUUUGUUAUGUGGUGAUCGAGGCUUGGUUAAUUGUAUGGAAAUGGUGUUUCAAUUUGGCUUCCGUUCAUCCCGUUUUUUUCGUAAUAAGAUGUUUAUUUGGGACUACCUCGAAAAAGUGAAGAUUUAUUUUGAAAAUACUUUGAGUGGUGCAACUAGACGUCCUUUAACAGAAGUAGGAAGAGCAGGUUAUUGGCUUUUCUGUAAUCUGCUCAAUAAAAUCAACAAUGCUACAGAAAGUAUUGGUAAAGAUGGAAAAUUUCAAAUAUUUGUCUGUGUUGGUGUGAGAGAUCGCUGUCUACAGAAAUGGCUGCCAUUGAUGGCAAACACUCCAGUAACAGGUCAGAUGUAUGAAGCCAAUUCUUUUCUUCGUGAUCCAAGACUGACCGUUUUCCUGGUUCACAUCAUAGAAACACUUAAUGAGUUUAAUAUUGUCCUUGAAUCAUCAGUUUUACAGGGUUUAGACAUUUGAUCACAUUCAACGGGGGCAGAAAUAGUCAAACAUUCAUUUUUAAAAUAAAAUAUAUAUAUGACUCAAAUUUUUCACUGCUUUUGUAUAAAUUUCUAGAAUUUGAAUAUCCUGCACUAUUUUCUUUUAUGUUAUGUUUAUAUCAUAUAGUGCAUGUAAAGUAUGUAGAAUUCAAGUUUUUAUAUUGGUUUAAUAGUUAACUAGUAUACUUCUAAUAGUAAGGUCAUGUUAAUAAUGAUUUUAUUUCAUAAAAUUACUGUGGUAAUCAUGCAGAACUAAUUUCACAAAAUCUUCAAAAUUUUUUGGGAGUUGAUUCAUGUUUUAAGUCUCUGAUCAUCAUUUGAGGGAUUUUUUAAUCCAUACAUACAUACAUGAAAAUACUUAUAAUGCUCAACCACACAAACACCAGUCAAACAGGAGUCUUUCACAGUUGGCUUCACAGAAAAAGUGUGUCUUCAAUCUCGAUUUGAAGAUAUCAAUUUUGUCCAAAGCUCUAAGCUCCAGGAGGAGCCGGUUCCACAAGUAAGGACCAGCAACCAUGAAAGACCAGCCUCCAAAGGUACGGGAUCCAUUGCAAACUACAGUAUGGUGAAAGUUGAAUUUCUAAAAGGAAUAUCAGUCUUAAAAUAUGGUUUUAUAAAAUGGUUUAAUUCUGUUCAACAUUUACAAAGACAUGAUGAAUUUAAAAUUUGUCAACAUUCGGCAUCCACUGCAGACAAUAUUAUAGUAUAUGGUCAGAACCAUAGUGUUAGCUAAAAUCUUUUGAUGGGCUUUCUUUCAAUCAGAUUGAAUAUAAAUAAGCUACAUUGAUAUUUUAAUUUGGUUUCCGUAUUUAAAUGUGGGAUAAUCAAUUUGAGUACAAUUUAAUUAGUGUGGAUUAAGCAGUGAAAACUUACAUUUUGUCUAAAAUAAUGCAAAUGAGGAUCAGCAAAUUUUAUGUACAUGUCAGCAAAUAUUUUAAAGAUUUAUCUAAGAAUACCAAAUGGUAAGAAUAAUGUAUGCCUGAAUUACUUCUGUAAUUUUUAUUGGCUAAUUAAAAAGGAAAUACUAAUGGUUUAUAUGGGGAAAAUAGGCCACAUUUAAAUUCUAUUUUUUAUGGAUAUGUCAAAAUAGUCACUUUUUUUAUUUAAUAAAUAUUUCUAGGCACAUAUUUACUUCAUUUUUACUCUUUUUUUUCUAAUGGUGUUAUCUAAAGGUUGUAAAAUAGCAUCAGUUUAUCUGUUAAGAGUAUAUAGCUAGCCAAUGUGAUAUUUAUUAAGAAAAGGAUUAUUUUUGGAUUAGAAGAUUUGUUACUUGUUAAAUGGUUAUUAUAACUUUAUAUGUAUAUCAAACUGUUAUUUUACUUACUGUGUCACCAUAUAUUUUACAUAAACUGUCAGUUUUCAAGACCUUAUAUUGUGUAUAUUUUGAGAGAAAUAAUGAAGGGAUUGGUCACAUGGUAUAAAUCACAGUAUCUACUCCCUUUGGUUGUACUCUGUUUAUAAAUGUAUAUUAUAAUUAAAGUACAUGUAUAGUGUAUCUUGAUAAUUCCAUGAAUGCUUUUAAUGUUAAUCAAUAUUUUAUUAAUAUUUAAAAACAUCUACUCUACUGAAAGGGUAAUAAGUUAUCUUAAUGCUCAUAUUUAUUAUAGCAUUUAAAACAAAUAAGGUCUUGGGAGAAUAUAGAUUGAUAGAUUGUAUCAUGUUGGGUUGGUUUUUUUUACCAUGACUUAGAUUUAUGUGGUAGUUCGGUGAUCAUGUUGCUCAUUAUUUACUGUAUAUACUUAAUGUCUAUUGUCAGUGAUUAUUUUGAAUUCUAAAUAUUCACAUAUAAUGAAUCAUCCUAUAAGAUAUUUUAUUAUUCAGAUUAUAAAUAUAUUGAUUCUAUUAAAAAUGUAAUACGAUCCCACCUUAAUCACAGGUUUUUAUGUACCCACAUUAAAAUGUGGUCGUAUAUUAUCGUCUUCAUCCCUGUCCGUCAUCCCACAAUACAACGAUUUUCGAUAAUUACUGUUGAGAGUUAUUGUCAUUGAUCAAUUUGAAACAUGUUGUGGACACUUAGAGGGUAAAGUUAUCGUCUGAUUGAUUUAUACAUUUGAGACAAUGAAUCUGAUAAUUACUGCCAGAGUUAUCAACCUUGAUCAAUUCGAAACAUCUUGUGGCCUCUUUAGAGGCUAGCGGGGUUGGAUGGCCAAAUGGUUAGCAUGUGCGCGCUGUAUCAUAAGAUCUGUCAUUGAGUCAACUGGCAGGGUUUCGAUUCCCCGGUUGUACGUGACAAGGAGUAGGGUUGCCUGUCUAACCUUGUGGAUUUUCUCAGGGUCCUCCAGUUUACUCCCACUGCUAAAGACCCCUACGUGCCAGCGAAUUAUUGAAAUAAAAUUGACCCAUGUGUUAGUCCCGAAAUGACCUAGAUUGUGUGGAGUGGACGUUAAACCCCAUUUCUCUCUCUCUCUAGAGGAUAAAGUUAUCAAUCAAUUGACUUGAAAUUUAUACACAGUGUUGGUGUUUAUGAGACAGAGACUCCUAUUGACCUUGAUCUUUUUGAACAAUCUGGUUUAUACAAUGAUUGACAUUGUGACAUCCUUUAUGGACGGCUCAUACGAUUUAUCUGCUAUGGGCAUGUUUUGUUGCCUGGCAACCGAUCUUUGUUUUAUUUUGAUAUUUUAUUUCUAUGGCUUGUUUAGAUGAGGUAUGAAUUUAGAGUAGAUGUGAAAAUUUAGCACCUUUGUAAUAGGGAAAUAGACACAAGAAUUGGUUGUUCUACAUUAUGAAAAAGAGAGAUAUAUGAUUGGUUUCGAAAUUGAAAUGAUUAUUAAGAUAUUACAUCAACAUGGGGCUACAAGUGAUGUAGAUUUUGAAACUUUUGGUCAUAUUAAUAUGCAUGGUAAUUAUGAAUUAUGAAUUUGUAUUACAUAGAUUGGCAAAAUGGCAAAUGUUAAAAGAGGAAAGUGUCUAGAUUAUGUUUAUAGUAUAAUUUAUUUUAUGAUAUAUAAUUAUAGGUAAUUUAACUACCUACAUUGUUAGUGUUGUAGAAAACAAACAUUGUAUAUAUAGUGCUUCUCCAUCAGUUUUCUAGUCAAUAUUUUUUUUAAAGAUAGGUGUGUCGUAAAGAAAGCUGCUGUGUUUGAUUAGAGAAAUUAUAAAUAAAACUUGUCUUAUUUAAGUUCAGUAUAAGUGCUUAGCAAUGGGAAAUUUCAAGCACUACUAGUUCAUAGUGUGGCUUAUUAGUUACAACUUAUUGAUAGCCAUUAUUGUCUUUAAAAGACAUUACAUAUAAAAAUUUUGCUUGGAAUUAUGUUUUUAAAAAUUUAUUUUAGAUUUAUUUUUUUUGAACCUUAAAUUACAAUGUAAAACUGGAUUUGUUUUAGGAAAUUUAAUAGUUUAUCUUAAAAUUGUACAGAUGCCACCUUAAGAUACAUGUAUUUAUUUUAUUAUUGGCCAUAUUUUUUAAAGACAAAAAAAAAGAAAAAUAGUGAUGAGGUAAGUUUAAACAGCAGAUUGAGUGCUGACAAGUGGUUAUAUAUCUGAAAUAAAGAAUGUUAUGUUUUA